ACGAUACAGGAAGAGACCCACUGACAGCUGGAUUUAAAUUGAACGACGCGCACAUACAUUGAAAACACUUAAGAAUUCAGGAUUCAUAACUUUGCAACGCUCUGUUUAUAGCGCUUUUGGAAGAUGAAUUCCAGCAGAUAUGACGGUCACAAUGGCCAACACGAGCGGGUUGACUUCUUAACCAACAAAGAGAAGGUGUCAUCAAAGCGGAAGUUCGGCAUUCUGAUCGGGGUCAUUGUGGCGUUUCUCAUCCUCGCGGCCGUUGCAGCGUUGCUCGUUUGGUUGUUUGUCUUUAAAGAUGCUGAUUCAGAAGCCACUCUUAGUAAGCAGCUUGGCCCAUCAGCGCAGGUCUUCAGUGGGCAUAUGAAGCUGGUUGGUGUACCGUAUAACGUGAAGCUGGAGAAAACCAACAGCAAGGAAUUUGAGAAUUUGGCGGUCAACCUGGAGGCAAUUCUCAAGGAAAACUACAAGAAAGAUCCACUCCUUGAAAAAUACCACACUAAGUCUGUGGUCUCUGCUUUCAGUGAGGGUGUGAUAGCCUACUAUUGGUCCCAGUUUGAUAUUCCAGUCGAAGACCUGGAGGUCGUGCCGGAGUUCUCAGAAGAGCGGGUGUUGGAAUCAUUGGAGACUGGCCUAAAGGAGCAGCGCAGCAUGCGGAGCGGCAGUGAUAUCAAGAUCAGUGAGGUCACUGCCUCAUUCACAGAUCCUCGCAUGGCCAGGAACCCCAGAGCCAACGAGUGUUUCUACCGUCUGGAGGCUGAAGAAAAGGCAAAAAGAUUUUCGUCACCAGGGUACCCUAAAGGCUACUCGCCCAAGUCUCGGUGUCAGUGGCAGAUCCGUGCUCCAGAGGACAAAGCCAUAUUUGUCUCUUUCCCUUUUUUCCACAUCGAGGAUGACUGCUCUGAUGAUUUUGUCUCCAUCUUUGACUCUUUGAGUCCAGAUGAUUCUCAGGCCAUCACAGAGAAGUGUGGUCAGAGACCCCCCUCCAACCCUCUGGAGGUCACAUCAUCCGGCAACAUCAUGCUGAUUAAUUUCAUUACUGAUUCUAAUGUCCAGAAGCCUGGCUUUGAAGCAGAGUAUACUGCCAUCCCCAGGUCUAGAGUUAAAAGCUGUGGUGGUGUCCUCUCUGAAAACCAAGGGGUCUUCACCUCCCCACUUCACCCCAGCUUCUAUCCUCCUGCAGUGGACUGCAAGUGGACCAUCAAGGUCCCUGCUGGCAAUAAGGUGCGUGUGAAGUUCACCAUGUUCCGCAUGAAAGAGCCUGGGGUGGACCUCCGUGUGUGUCACAAAGACUAUGUGGAGCUUAUGGGCACAAAGUAUUGUGGAGAAAUGUCGUCUUUGGAUCUGACCAGCAGCACCAACAUCCUAGAUGUGAGCUUCCACUCUGACGAGUCCUACACUGACAAAGGCUUCAGUGCCACCUACAGCGCUUACGAUCCCAAAAACCCUUGCCCCAACAAGUUUGCCUGCGCCUCUGGCAUGUGCAUCGAGAAUGCAUUGCAUUGUGAUGGCUGGAACGACUGCGGUGAUAUGAGUGACGAGAUGGAGUGCAAGUGUGACAAAGAUCAGUAUUCAUGUGACAAUGGCAUGUGUAAACCAAAUCUCUGGGUGUGCGAUCGCGUCAACGACUGCGGCGAUGGGAGCGAUGAGAAAAGCUGCAGUUGUGGGGAUAAUGAGUGGCGCUGUGGUGAUGGGCUUUGUAUGCCUCAGGAUGUUGUGUGUGAUAAGAAGAUGGACUGUGAAGAUGGAAGCGACGAGGCCUCUUGUAAAACCUCUCCGGGCAUCUGCUCUGACUACAGCUUCAAGUGUAAGAACACAGAUUGUGUCAACAAGGUGAAUGCCGAAUGCGACCGUGUUAACGACUGCUCUGAUAACUCCGAUGAGGCCAAAUGUGAUUGUGGCACCAGGCCCUAUAAGCUGAACCGCAUUGUGGGAGGGCAGAACGCUGAGACGGGGGAGUGGCCCUGGCAGGUCAGCCUUCACUUCCUGACCUAUGGACAUGUUUGUGGUGCCUCAGUCAUAUCUGCGAAGUGGCUCCUUUCGGCCUCCCACUGCUUUGUCACCAACAGCCCACAAAACCAUGUACCAUCCAACUGGCAAAGCUACAGUGGCAUGCAGGACCAGUACAAGCAGGAUGGCGUACAGCGCAGAGCAGUGAAGACGAUCAUCUCCCACCCGGAUUACAACCCGAUGACCUUUGACUAUGAUGUUGCACUGCUGGAGCUCAGCGAACCGCUGGAGUUCACCAACACCAUCCGACCCAUCUGCCUACCCGCUCCCUCCCACAUCUUCCCUGCAGGCAUGGCCUGUUGGGUCACAGGCUGGGGCGCGCAAAGAGAAGGAGCUGCAAAGGCACAGCUGCUGCAGAAGGCAAUGGUGAAAAUCAUCAAUGACACAGUAUGUAACCUAGUCACGGAGGGCCAACUCACCUCCAGGAUGCUCUGCAGUGGAUUCUUGACUGGAGGAGUUGACGCAUGCCAGGGAGACUCUGGAGGCCCCCUGGUGUGUUUCGAGGAGAGUGGGAAGUGGUUCCAGGCCGGCAUUGUGAGCUGGGGUGAGGGCUGCGCUCGUCGGAACAAGCCUGGUGUCUACUCACGCGUCACCAAGCUGGUAGACUGGAUAAAGACAGAGACAGGGAUUUGAUGAUGUCGGUAGGAACAGGGAGGGUUGCUGAGCGGGGAUCAACAGCAUAGUGCUAAAAAUAUUGGAGACGGAACAUUUGAGUCUAAUUCAGGACAAGUCUCUCCAAGAUGUAUUCAUUGAGCAGCAGACUGAGGAUACUGUUGCACAGAUUCAACCACUCGCAUGAAUGACUUAAAGCACUUUAUUUGGUUACCAACUCCCAGUUUCCCACUCCUCCCACACACUGAACAUUUUACAGUUUUUCAAAAAGGUAAAUUGUAAACGGGUGAGAUGCCUUCAUCCUCUUGGGCAGAGUGAAUGUUGCACUUUGCCAGUGUGCUCAUGCUGUAGAUGGCUGUGAAUUUAGGGUUUUAUUGGUAGUAUAAGUAUUUUAAAGAACUGUAAUUCUCGUUUUAGCCAUGGACUGUAUAUAAAAAGAGGGAUGUAGUCACCGGGAUGUCACCUAUUGGUUUGUGGACUGCCGUUUUGAAGUCUGGAGUUUGGCAUUUUGGUCGUCACCAUCUUGGUUUUUGGCGGUCGCCAUCUUUGCGUUUUGCAACGUGACAUGAGCGGGUGAAGCUAAGUACAACCAAAUGCUGAAUAUGUCAUUUUGGCGACCAAAAAUCGAUCAAAUUAACUUUCAUGAACUGAAAACACACUGUGAAAGGGAUAAAGUUAUAAGACAAAAACACUGACAAGUCUCAGACUGGACAGCACCGAGGUAGAGACCUGUCAAUCAAAAGGUAGCCACCCCUAAAACAUAACCUGUUUUAACCUGUUCGCCACAAAACACUCCUACAUUACCACUGACCAUUUUCAGCAUAGAAGCAUAGCAUAGGUUUUCAGAUUGAUUAAAGCAUUUUAUCUGCCGGACAGCCAUUAGUCUCAGAUUUUAUUAGUAUUGUAUAAACAUGAACUUUUAGAGACAUCAGCAUUACCGUAAUAGAAGUUAAGAUAAAAAACCUCAACCUGUUGUUCAAAUCCAUGCAGGGACAUUUUUAUACCAUACUAAAAUCAAUGAAAGACAGAAGUAUAAUCAAUCUAAUAGCUCACAACAGUAAUUUUAAGUAUACCAAAUUUGUAGUUUGUGGGCUAAAACAGGCACUGACAUGGAAAUACGGAAUUGACCCUGAAGUUGUUUUAAGUUGUUGUUGAUCUGAACUAAAUCAGUGUUUCUAUUACAUACUGACUUAGGCUCACUGGCCUUGCCUGGUCUGUGAAUGAGUUGCCAAAAUGGGAUAUGCAAUGAGUUCUUAUCCCUAUGAGAGUUUCCUCUCUUUGGUAAUGACCAACUCGGUCAACUUUUAAAUCUAAGAUUUGACUGGAUGAUUUAUUUUACUCUGUGUGCCUUCAUCUCUGACUUAUACUGGAAAUAUUGUAUCCUGGAUAAGCAAACCAAAGAUUUGCAAAAAUGUUAUUUAUUGAAGGGGAGAAAUUUGUUGAGGAUAAUGCUCAGUGGCCCUCUUAUUAAUUCCAUGGAGCUUUACAGUCAAACUAUACAAGCGUAAAUAUGUAUUUUUCAUAAAUUAGGGAGAAGCCACAACUUUUAGAUGGAAGAUAUUUUCAUGAGCAUUGUACAGUGUGAUUUGGGAUAUGGACAUAUUUUAUAAUCUGUCUUUAUAUGUUUUAAUAUGAAAGAGUU